UGGCCAGACUAUUUUAUGGCAAUAGCUUUUCUGUCUGCACAACGGAGCAAAGACCCUAGAACACAGGUUGGAGCCUGUAUAGUAAAUACAGAUAACAAGAUCGUGGGUAUAGGUUAUAAUGGAAUGCCACAAGGCUGCAGUGAUGAUCUCAUGCCAUGGAGCAGAAAUGCUGACAACAUCCUCGACACAAAACAGCUCUAUGUGUGCCAUGCAGAAUUAAAUGCUGUACUGAACAAAAACUCGACUGAUGUCAAGGAUUGUACUGUGUAUGUGGCUCUCUUUCCAUGUAAUGAGUGUGCUAAAGUGCUUAUUCAGUCCAGGAUAAAGGAGGUGGUGUAUUACUCUGACAAAUAUCAUGAGAAAGUCGAGUUUGUGGCUUCUAGGAGGAUGUUAGAUAUGGCUGGCAUCAAACAUAGACAAUAUAGACCAAAGCAUAGUCAGAUUGUUAUAGACUUUUCAUCAAUAGAUAUAAUGAACAACGGAGUGGACACAUCCAUUAAAGAACCCAAGGUUGUCAAAGAUGAACAGGUGAUAUCUAACGGAAAUGCUUAG